AUGACAAGAACCAAGAGCGGAGUAAAACGAACUAUAGCAGAUCACGAUGACUGGUGUCUGAUGAUGUCGGAGAGACUGUCUAAGCUCAACAGGAAGACGGCAAAUCACCUCGCACAAUCGCUGGAUGCCAUGACAAGCGUGUCGGUCACUGUCGCCGACCCUGGCGAUUGGGCUCUACAUUAUCAAUUGCACCCUUGCAUGGAGGGCUUCCAAGUCGAGCUCUUGCCUCGACGCAAGCGAUCCAAGUAUAUUACCAACUCCUGCUCAGAGUGCCGACUGAAGAAGCGGAAAUGCAGCAACGUACGGCCAUGUGCCAUGUGUAUCGUUGCCGGGACGAGCGCCAGAUGUCAAGCGGAGUCUACUACUGCUCCGUGUUAUACGACGAUUUGUAGUGCGCAAGAAGCGUUGUUCCAGGAGACAAAGGAUCAAGACAUCGCCCUAGAGUCCCUCAGACAUGCGUGCAUACAAGUGGGAGUCAACAUCGCAUUGGUGCGACCACUCUGGGAGCUCGGAUUGAACGCGUCGAUUGUUUUCAGGGCUUUCAGGAUAUUGCCUCUGGAUUUGAAGAUGGCCAUGGACGAAGCGAUCGAAACCGCCAAGUCCACUGCCUUCACAAACCUGAGCAUUUUAGGGGAAGAAGCGGCCAAGCUUCACAAGAUGCAAGAGUAUGGAAGGCUCUCCCAUGACCUGCAUCUCGACGACAAUCAGAAGUGCUCCGACAGAUCCUCCAGUGGUGCAUCCGAUUGGUUUGAUCUAUUUUCGUCGAACGCGCACUGGGGUCAUGGUCGGUGGAUUUCCAUUGAGUUCGACAAGGCCAACCUGGCGCAUUGCAGGCGACUCAAGUUAGGCGAUGAGGUUGCAGAGAUGCUGGGAUAUCAUCACUCAGAGAUGAUAUUCCGACAUUCGAAUCAUGAGAUGUUGUUGCAAGUCAGCGAGUACGAGAUGCUCAUCACGAUGCUGGAGAUGAUCUUCCAUUCCUUUGAUCGGCAAGUCAUAUGGUAUUGGAGGAUCAUGUUGCCUCAUCUAGACAGCGGCGUCAGGAAGGCCGUCUACCUCAAGUGCACGCAGCACAAGGCUUUCGAUGACCUCGGGAUGCAGACCGGCUACACAAUCACCUUCGAGCCGUCAACCCCACAGGCCUUCCAGAAUUUCAAGAAUCGUUACCUGCCGCACAACAUGCGAACAAGCUUUAAUGAGAAGAAUCCAGAUGAGAUCAUUACAAAGGAGGCCAUCGUCUACAUGAGAAAGUCACAAACUGAAGGGGCCGAGAAGCUCUCGUUCCUUUCUGAGACAGUCAAGAAUUGGACUCGAGAGCAUUAG